UCCCACCCCGUUAAUUGAAAGUAUGCGGACGUAUACAGUUUCCGUGUACGGAGUCAGGGAGAGAGAUGAGCUUGCUGCUAUGAGUGACGCUUACGCCGAGUGUGUUGGAGGCUCGCUAAAGUUGAAAGGCGUAUCUUCAGGAGGAGUAAAGAAGAAGAAGAAGAAGAAGAGCAAGGCAGAGGAGGUAGUAGAGGUGGUAGAGAAAGUCGAGGAGAAGGCGGAGGAAGUCAAAAACACGAGAACAUCCGCAGAGAAGGCGUAUGCUGCAGUACAAGCCAAGAGACAAAAGCAGAAGGUAUUGGAGAAGGCCAAAAAGACCCACAAACAGAGGGUGGAGGAGAUGAACAAAUACUUAGACACUCUCACCGAACACUUUGAUAUCCCCAAAGUCAGUUGGACCAAGUGACAGUACAUCAUUUUUAUCUGUUUCUCUUUACUUGAAGUUUCCACUGUCAUUCCAGUUAUUAUAUAUACACAAGUUUAGAGCUAACAUUAUGUACAGUACAAAACUGGCUAGAGGAGAAGUUCAUGUGGUCCGCAGUUGGUAAU